AUGUCUUCCUCCGUCCGCGAGUCGCCGCCGGCCCACCCCUGCUCGCCGUCUGAUGGAGCUCUUCACAUGGAGUGUCAUGAUCGUUACUUCAUGAUAGCUGUGGCACUCUCCUUCACUGGGGAAGAUCCUCGCUUUGAGGCCGUGGACAGAGUGGGUGUACAUCCCAUCACCAAGCAGAAUGAAGCCAAGUGUGGCUACUGUGUCACCGUCCUGCCCCUGCUGGGCCAUGUGGAGCUCCGUGGUUCCUACUUCAGCUGCCACACCGACAGAGAUGACGGAGACUUCACUUUCAGCUUUAACUUGAUCACCAGCCGUGACGGGAAAGAGGUUGUCUAUCCACUGAACAAGACUUGUUCUCCAACCCUGCCAUGGUCUCCCAGGGAGGUCACCUGUGCAAUCAACUACAUGGAAGUGCUGCUGCAGAGCGAGUCCAGCUGCAGCGUGGGGAUGAAGACGGAUCAAACUGCUGUUGCCCCAACGCCCGGCGCUGUGACCUCAGACUGGCAGGUGACGUUUGAGAGGGAACAGGAACAGAUGCCAGCCAUGAACCUCUCUGAAGCCCGCAGGCAGGGCUACAUGUUUGACCUGACGGACGGACUCAUUGUGUUUCGUACGUCGUACGGCCAGCCGGACUCCUUCAUGACCGAGGUCAAUGGCAUUCCGGUUGAAAAGGUUCAAGCGACUCUGUUCUCCAAACAAGGCUGGCUCGUCCUCAUGGUGGAAGUGGUGGCUGCUUGCUCGAUGUAUUCGGGAUCGUAUGACGAUGGGCACAUGCUGUGGAAGACUCCCGAGGUGCUCUACUCUGGUCUGUCCAGCGACCGGCUCCGUGCAGGACUCAAUGGAGAGCUUGUGGACCAGUCGAUCACGGAGAAAGAAGGGUACCUCGUCAAGACGGAAGAUGGCACAGUCGAAAUCAGCAUCCGUUAUGACGCUGCAGGAGGAUACAGGAAGAGCUUCGUGGCUGGCAACCUCUACGAGUUUUACCUCUUCCACUUCUUCCUGGAGCAAGUCCUGCUGGAUGAGGACGACGUGAAGACGGUGGUGCGGUUCCACCGGGCGCUCAUCACCCCUCUGCUGCACUGCCCAAUCUACGUCCAAAACCAAACGGUCCUUGAGGAGCAGCUAUUCACGGUCUACCUUGGAGAGGUCCCAGAGGAUGUGACGCUGACCGGGCUCCAGCUGAAUGGGUAUCAAUGUGACGUACUGUGUUCAAACACGAGCACCUACAACGUGACUGAAGUGGUUCACGCCAACAACACCCGUGGAUACACCCUGAAGGUUCCGUUCAGUAAUCCUUUUGUCAUAAAGCAGUUCUUCUCUGAAGACUCGGUUCUUCAGUACCGGCUGGACAUCAACUACACUCUGUCUGUGGAGCCUCAGAAUGAAGUGUACUUCCAUAUGGCCUCCAUUGUGGCGGUGUUUACAGGAGUCUCUCCACCGGUCUUUGAAGCCGUCUGCCUGGACUCUGGGAUUAGCUUCAAGCUGGAUCACAAACCCUUCGACUACCUGUGGGACGUUACCAUCGGCUCCGAGCUGCUGACUUCGGAGAUGGCGGACCGUCACGGCUACAUCAUGACCAAUGACAGCCAGACUCUGCAGCUGGAAGUGCCGCUCUUCACUCCAGGAUAUACAUACGCGGACAUCAGUCUGAAGGGGUUUGUCGGCACUUUUGAGAUCCUCGUGCAGGAUGGAGAAACAUCGGCUGUGCAGACUUCGACCGUCAAGAAGUGCUCGUUCACCUCCAGCGAACUCAUCGUGUGUUCGACUGAUGGGAGGAUGACCGUGGUGGCAGACGUGUCUCUGGCCAUCCCAAAAGAAGGAAAGCCUGCAAGCACCACCCUGGCCGACAAAUACUGCGGGCCUAAAGACGCAGAUGAAUCCAGGGCUCUCUUCAUGUUUCCUCUGAGCUCAUGUGGGACCAUCGUCAAGAUCGGGAAGAAAAACGUAACUUACCAGAACGAGAUCUUCUACAAGAACUACUAUAAUGUCGACAGGCUGGGUUCUGCUAAUGAUACUGAAAGGGUGAUCGUGCAGUGCACGUAUCCUCUAGCUAGUCUUCAUCUCCUCUUCUCCAGACUCAAAUUUGAGUCUGAUGCAGUUGGGACUGGCAGAAUCAUUCACACAAAGCAAGCCACAGCAGGUCUGAAAGGUCCUGCCAUCAAGCCCACUGUCGCACCUGAAACCACACCUGCCACCAAGAGACCGCCAGCCAAACCUGUGGCCUUCCUGCCUCCUGUCCACCGGCCUGGACGCUACUUUUCCAGGUUUUAUAACCUUGCCAACCGCAUGACUAAAGGAACUAAUUCAUCAAUGAAAAUGUAUGCAGUCCAAGUUUGACGAGUUUUUAAAGCUUCCUAAACUUGAAUAAAUCUUUUC